UAAAAAGAACAGGCUCCAAGUCUCAGUUCUCCGCGCAGUUAUUAUGCCGUUGCUCGUGUCGUGAUAAAACGCUGCUCGUGGCGACUCGAAGGGAACGGAACUCGCGCGUUUAUCGCGAAUGCGAUAACGUCUCGAGGGAAACGUAAGCUCGAGGAAGAGGAAGAGGAGGAGCGUCGAGCGAGGAACGUCGCGCGGAGGCAGAGGUCUCGAAACCAGCUGAUUCGGAUCCGGAGCGGCUCCAUCUUGCGCCCCCGGGCUCGCAAGGACGCGACGGUAUAUGUACAUCGUUGUCAUUGGCAAUGACAGUGCCAACGAUGCCGCCGAUGCCACCGAUACCGACGAUGCCGACCACGAUGCACGAGUCGGAGUAUUAUCGUUUUUGCGUGAAGGAGAUGAAGGGCAGCGAAUCCGGCGAAGACGUCAUCUUUUCGCGGCUGCUUAACUUGAACUUGAAGUGGCUGCGAACGUGGCUGAGGAAGCAAUUUGGAGUGCCAGAGAAUAGACACAUUUUCUAUAUCGACGAUGACGGAGACAAUGUUCCGAUCGAUUCGGAAUGCGAGUUUCAUGAGGCAUUGAAGCUUGCAAAAAGUGCUUUCGAGAAGAACUAUGCAAUUCCAUUGAUUGUGGGUUCUUUCAACGUAUCAGGCGAACAAGACUCUUGGAUGCAUGAGAAUCGUUGUUUGGAUAAAGAACAAUUGAGGAAUGUCGAUGACAAACUUUCAUGGAACAAAUCUUUUAGUCCUUACCAUGCUUUUGCCAAACCUACAUGUUUAGGACCUGUUUGUUUCUCAAGAAGAUCGGAGUUUGUACAUGGUGCACAAAGCCAUAUGUGGACAGUUUUGCCGGUUCCAAUAAAUUUUGAUGCAAAACAAUGUGAUGAAUCGAAUGAGACAAAAGUUCGACAAAUCGACGAGCAGACAAAAUCAAAGGACAUGGAUACUCAACAAGAAUUGAAUGCUUCGUUAGAGUCCUGUUCGAACACUUUACCUCCUCUAUGGUUUACAGAAUAUAUGGAAUCCAUGAAGAAAGACAUGAUAUCCACAAUCACUAAUGAAGUGGUGAAAAAAAUAACGAAGACGCUGAAUAAACGCUUGGAUUCUUUUACGUUUUCACCGGUUAAAGAAUUGGAUCAAUCUGGAAGUCAAUAUUCUUCUCCUGCAAUACAACAUCCUCAAUGUUCCUUAGAUUCGAAUGAGGACAACCAAAAGAAGAUGAGAUCUCAGAAAAAGAAACAGGAAAAAUCUGCAGAUUUCUCGGAAAAACCUGCAAAUGGAUCCAAACUAUUAAGUGAUAUAGUGAUCGAACGCAUGGAUCAACCGCAAAACGUGAAUACCAUGAAAAACAUACAGAUGAAGAAAGAUGUAAUAUCCACAAUCACCAACGAAGUGGUGAAGGAAAUGACAGAAUUAUUGGAUAAAAUUCCUGCGGAUUCUGCUACAUCUGUUCCAUCUAAAGAUCCUUUCCGAAGUCAAUUUCUUUCGCAUUUUCCUUCUUCGACGCUUUCCCGAUACUCCUUCGAUUCGCAUUCGAACGAGACGAAUCAAAAUACGAUAAAAUCUCAGGAUAAGGAGCAGUCGAGUGAUAACGCUUCAGCCACGAGAGUGGACGAAUCGUCGUGGUAUUCGAACAUUUUGGAGAAUUCUACGCGAAAGCUACAGAAGAGACUUGAUCUUAUCGAGGACGUGAUUCGUGUAAACGCGGAAGAAGAAAUGAAGAAGAGACAUUAUCAGCAAAUCGCUCAAGCAUUUUCUGAUGAUUUAAAUAGCGACAUCGGGAGAGAAAAGGAACAAUCUGUUCAACAAAACAAUACUUGGGAAAACUUUGUUUCUCGGAAUCUGCAGAUAGAACCAAACCUGUCCGAUGAAAGAGUUCCUUUGGAGACAUUAAAGCUAAUCGAGAAUGAGCUCCGUAUGAACUGCUCUGUUACCGGAAAUCAAAUGUUGGACGAAGGUCUCCUUAGUAGAGAUAUCUGCAACACAUUCGAUUCGAAUAAACUAUUGGAAAUCGAGAAAGAUGUAGAAACGUUACCGUUUAACAAGACCUUUUUCCAGUCAUGCAAUCAAGAGAAGAGAGAGAAGAAAAAAGAGGAAGAUGAUGACGCUUUCGAAAUCAUCCAGAUGUCUACAUUAACUGAUGACUUAUUUAUGCCUUGUGAAGAGCCCGCCAUCGAACAGCAGCAUGACAGCAGUCGAGAUUCGCCUAGCUUCGAGCUAGUCUCAGAGCCGCCUUCACCGCCGUGCUCCAUUCGUUUGGACGAAGACCACUUUUCAGCAAAUGAAGAAAAGCUUGAGCAACAUUCUAUGAAGACAAAUUCACCAAACUCGGUCUAUGUGGUGGAUGUUCAUGGCAAGAUCUUCAAUGACGAACAUCAGACAGUGAAUUCUGAUGAGUGCGUCAAUGUCGACUUAAAAAAACAGCCCGAUGUUACUUACUCCUUUGUAACGGGUGAAGAUCUCUUGACAGAGGAUGAAAACGAAGAGGCUUGUUCUUCAAAACUAUCAUGUGCGGAGCAUCGGUUAUAUGAGCGGAAGAGCUCUCGAGAUGACGCGAAUGGUUCGUAUGACGACGUGAGAAACUCGCACGCAAGCUAUCUGACUGUACAAACUCACUGCGACUCGAAAACGCAGUCGCAAUGUAGUUGCCAAUCACAGACCGACUCGGGUGACUUCACACAGAGCUUUCACUCGCAUACCACAUCGGUGACUGACACUACCGAUAUGUAUGCUCAUAGCUACGCUUGCAAGUACGGUGAGGCGAUGACGAACCAAGGAUGUACAGCCAAGGAUGUGCGAGAAACGACAACAAUGGCAGCACCGGCUCCCAGAAAUAAUCAUGAUGUACACGUGGACGAUGGUUGGGCGAAAGAAACUAAAACAAACGAAAAACCUCGCCGCAACAAAUGCCCAAACAACUUUCCAGAAUACUUAUGCACACCAGACCACGGUUGUCCCUGUUGCGAUAAUCCUUCUUUCGGUGGUUUACAUCAGCCUUAUCAGGCGAACAGAUCCUCCGACAGAUCGUGUUCCAACGUAGGGUCGAGAAAGGCAUCUACUGGCGAAUUGAAUACACCCAAUACCGAUUCUGUUCACAUCCUGCCGGAGACGUUGGUCAGCGCAGCCGCGCAGGUCGGCUCGUUUGCUUAUGACACCGCGCGUGAAAUGUUUGACAAGCUACGUGCACAUACACAUACGAAGGAUGUUCCUCUCAAACGCCGCGGCGGAGUAAAGCGCGAAAACAAGAAGCCCUUCUCUGUCAGUCACCUGCCGUUCUAAUUGAGCCGCUAAUCACGAGCCUUUGUUUAUGGAGUUAAUACACUAAACGCUAUACAAUAUUGCUAAAUAAAUUCAUUGUUAGAUAACGGGUAAGUAAUACGGAUGCAAUCUUGAAAUACGAUACAUGCGGAACGGAGCUCUAGUUUAUGUCACAUUCAAAGGUUUCGUAGUUCAUGCGGUGAAUAAAAUCAAGUUUCGUACGCCAAUAAUUGACUUAUCGAGAAAUGUCAAAUGUACAGGAUGUUCCAUUGUUAAAAAAGAAAUUUCAACGACAAUUGAAUCGAUAGAACGACAGUUUCAACAGAAACAGUAUAUUAAUAAUUUUUAAUUCCGCGCGAUGAAUAGGAAUCCUGAAAAACGAAAUGUUCUUUAUCGAAUAAUUGCUUCAAUUUAUCACGUGAAAUUAAAUGUUAUUGUAUGUAUGAUAGUAUUAGUAACGGUUUACGCUAUAUCGUAGAAUGUCAAAACUGAUUGUAGCUGUUUUUAGAAUUAAGGACUUACACGUUAAAUGAAAAUAAAAUGACGAAAGUGAGAGAUAUGAGUUAAAGUCGGUAGGAAAGAAGUGCGUAUUUUUGAAGGAGAAUUCUUCCAUAUUAAGUUGCUAUUAAAGGCAAAUAUUAGGCGGACGUCACUUUCAUUUGUGCAUUUCUUUCGGUGAAGAAUAAAAUAUGAUUUCGAUAAAUUCAAUCGCGAAAAAGUAAUCAGGUGUCAAAAUUUUAUUUUAUAAUAAUUAUCACAUUAUAUUUUAUAAUAAUUAUCACAUAUAUUUGAUAUCUGAACAUAUGUAACGUUUUAUGGUAUCAAUUUUAAAAUGAAAGGACGGGAUGUACAUUAUUUAGGGCUGAGUUGUUAUUGCUGGCCUAUGCGAAUGAUUUUGCGAAUGCAGGAAUAAUUACGAUCCUUGAUAAAUAUCUGCAUAUCGGGAUUUGGCAAAAGAAUCGUUGAUAGCCUUUUCGAUCCAGAAAAUCAAUCGACAUUGUUACUUUCUGCAGCCUAUGCGUUCUGCGAGACGAUAUAGGUUCGAUGAUAAGAAAGCGACACUGAAUAUUUAUUCUUACUGCACUCUCGAGAUUAUCGAAUCAUACGACACACGCAUUGUUAAGUUUCGCUAGAGCUUGGAAACUUAGCCGGACUUGUAGAAAUAAAUGUUAUAGACACAAAUACACCGAGACUUAGAGUUCUCUGAUGACUUUGCAA